AUGCCAAACUCUUCGUUACCAAUGUACAAGCUUUCUGUUGUUUCUGGUGGGAAGGUCGCUCUUCCUAGGAUUCACAAUAGAUCCGCGACUAGAAAAUCGGUGAGUUGUCUUACUCAGGACGGGUCAGCAUACAUUGUCCCUUUCAACAAUCAGUUCAAAGUGUAUUCAAUUGAUACUAGACAAUGUAUUAAGACAUUGAAAUUUGCUAAUAAUGAUAUUUUGACUUCGAUACUCGAUGAGCCUUCUGUAGAGGUGGUGCAUAUCGAGCCUAUUAUUGACGAUGAGAUGGAUAAGAUCAGAGUGUAUACCAACACUGCGAAAGUAGUUAUAUUGAAGUAUAAGGGUAAAUUAGCCACGGAGAUUAAAACUUGGUCUUUGAAUAUUACUGGCGAGUUAUUUGCAGUUCUUGGCGAUGGGAAGAAAUUACUUACAGUUCAGAAAACAGGGAACUCUUACAGAUAUGAUCUAUAUGAAAACGUUGAAGAGAAAGAGGAAGAAUCUGAGGUUAAACACCUUGAAACUUUUGAGAAUGUUUUACUUUCAACUUGGUCUAAUAACAAUAACUACCUUGCCCUAGUUUAUUUGAACCAGGAAACUAAAAAACAUGUGCUGAUCAAAUCUAUGGUCGACAACAGUUCAGUUCAGAACUUCCCAGUACCAUCUACAACAUCUAGUACCACCAUAAAUUCCCAUUUUGUCACUGCUCUUGCGUUAGAUAACGACGGCCAGCAGUUGGCUAUUGGAUUUGCAUCUGGUGUUAUAAAUUUGAUCAAUCUACCUGAUCUGUCUCAUAGAUUAUUGAAAUGGCAUAUCGACUCAGUCCUAUCCUUAGGAUUUACAAAUGACAACGCAUAUUUACUGUCUGGUGGUUGGGAGAAAGUUUUAAGUUUUUGGCAGUUGGCUACUAAUAUGCAACACUUUUUGCCAAGAUUGAACGGUGUCGUCCUGGAAUGCUUACCAGUAAGUGAUAAGUACUAUUCAUUAGUGUUACAAUUCGCUGAAAAUAAUACAAAUUCUGACUACCAGAUUACAUUGCUCAAUGCCACAGAUCUAUCAUCAAUACUUGCCAUCAACGGCCCAUUCCCGGUAUUUGAUACCAUUACAAACGAUGUUGAACAGCCAAUUUCUACAGUUAACUCGAAAAGUUCUGUGUCGUCAUCCAAUAUGCUACAAUCGAAGAAAAAGCAAAAGAGAAAAUUACUAAAGAGGAAAAAGCAUGAUUUCACCGCACCUUUGUCUGUACAUCCAUCUACAAAACAUCUCUACUUACCACACGUUUCAUCUUUGCAGUCUUACGAUCUAUACAAAAAUGAACAGGUGAGCUACCAGUAUGUUACAUCCAGUGUCAACAAUGCAGCAGGUAAGGUUAGACUUGAGUUAACUAUCCAGGACCCUGUUGUACAGGAUGUGAAAUUCACCCUAGAUGGUUUUUGGAUGAUCACAUAUGAAGUUGAGUACCCACCUGAGGGUUUAUUGUCUUCUAAGGAGUUGUCACACGUUCUAAAAUUCUGGAAAUUAGAUGACAACAAAGAAUGGGAGUUGAAAACUAAAGUGUUGAACCCACAUGGUAACAACGUCCCAGUGACAAACAUAACUACAGCUCCAAAUAGCAUAAAUUCUUCCCAGGGUUGUUUGACUGCUGAUAACAAUGGUGGAUUAAAAUACUGGAAGUUUGAUUCGAAACAGAAUAACUGGUGUUUGAACAGAUUAUUACUACCCAACUACAACCAUUUUUCGAAUUCGGUGCAACUAGCAUGGUCCUUAGAUGGCUCCUUAAUCUUCCACGCUUUUGAAGAUAAGCUAUCUACCAUUGAAUUCAGCGAAUUCAAACUACUGGAAGAUGAAAAUGAGUUACCAAUCGAACGCACUUUGGAUACUCCAAUUCAAGCUCUUACACUUGUCAACGAUUCGACAUUGAUAAUCUCCACGAAGACUUCCUUGCAUUCGUUCAAUUUAUUGACACAAUCCACCAUCAGCAGUUUCGAUAUCUACCCUUAUGUGAACGGAGUUUACAAACCGGGCCAUUUUGCCAGACUACUUGCAUGCGAUGCGAACACUGGAAGAAUCGCACUUGCCAUUAACCAACAAGCAGCAGGAACUGAUGGCAAUCCAACCUUACAACAUAAAGCCAACAUUUUAAUUUUCAAUUCCGAUCUAACAGAAAAGUUGGGCAGCUUCGAACACAACGAAUACAUAUCGUCGUUGGUAUGGAAUUACGCGGCAGAUUUUAUUUUCAUGGAUAUCCAGUCUCGUCUUGGAAUCGUGAGCACCACAACCAGCUCGGAAAUGGUGGACGAAUCGAAUAAUGAUCAAGCAUUUGAAUCUCUACAUCCCGAUUCAUUCAGCGAAAAACUACAAGAGCUUACGAGAAAGAAAGGUUUGGCAAACACAGAUGCUGAGGAUGGUGUAGAUGAAGACAUAGAUCUAGAAUUCAUUAACGGGAACUUGUCACAAAACAAGACCAUUAACAUGAACAGUUUUACAAGUUUGUUUGAAAACAUCGACAACGUUCAAAUGAAUACCUUGUUUGACCGCGUCAUGAAGAUUAUCACAUAG